AUGCGGGAAAUGAAACGUGGUUCAUUACUACGAAUGAUCUUGCUCAAAAUGGUGUCCGAUUGGCGUAUCCAACAGUUACGAGCGUAUCUGAAAAGUCAGUCCCUGUAUCGGCCGACACCCCUGUCUAACAACCUGUUGUAUAUGGACUUUGAUGUGUCGGCUGAUGUCAAUAUAUCCAAGACUAUCAUUGACUCGAUUGCGGCCAAUAUUACGGCCGCCGAAGACCAAGAGCUGAUCCAAUUGGCCAGAGAUGAAAAAGAAUUGAUUGAUAAAUUUUAUGUGUAUAUCAAUACUAAUGUCAAACUGUUUAGCGAUCGAGUGGUGGAACCGUUGGCCGACUUUAUGGCAAAGAUGUUUACCACGGAUUACGUCCAGAAGACACUAAUGACAGGAGAGUUGACUACUGAAAACAUACAGUUUGGACGGAGUUUCUGGAUUAGAACCAAAGAUUUAAUUAUGAAUCGCAUUGGAUUACUUAAAAAAUGCCAUUCUAUGGCCGCCGACGACAAAAGCCGUAAAACGCUGGACGAGUUGAUCAGGACUUUAACGCCAAGAAUGACACAAAUUUACGCCACAUUUGAGCAACAGUUGGGUGGAGUCGGCGACGAUCUAAAGCACCGGGGAAUGGAUGAGACAACAGCUGACUAUCACUUAUUGACUUACCGUGAAAUCAAACGUGGUUCAUUUGCACGCAUGAUGUUGCUGUAUAUGUUGCCCGUUUGGCGUAAUCUAAAGUUACAAGAGUAUAUUAAAAGUCAGCCCAAGUAUAAGCCAAGUGUUUUGUCUAACCAGAUGUUGUUUAUGGACCUGGAUAUGAAAAGUCUGAUGAAUAAAUGUAAGAAUAUUAUUGAUAUAAAUACUGAAAGAAUAUCGCCCGCCGACGAGCAAGAGCUGAUCCAAUUGGCCAACGAAACGAUGAUAUUGGAUGCGAAAUUUUAUUUAACUAUGUCCAUAAGUAUAAGUACUAACCCUUCGGACAAACAAUUGAGUGAUCGAGUGGUGGAAACGUUGGCCAACUCUAUGGCAAAGAGGUUUACCACGGAUUACGUCCAGAAGACACUAAUGAUGGGAGAAAUGACUAAUGAAAACAUAAAGAUUGGUCAGGGAUUCUGGAAGAGUAGAAAAGUAAUGGAUAGAAUCCGUAUUGAACUAAUAAGAAAAUGUCAAUCCGUGGCCACCGAUGAUAACACCCGUAAACUAUUGGAGGGAUUGGCCGGUAGUUUGGUUCCGAAAAUGAGACAAUUUUAUCCUAAAUUUGAACAACAAUUGGGUGGAGUCGGCGACGACGUAAGGCACCGGGCAAUGGAUGACACGCUUAUUGACUAUCAGCAUAUGGUGUUGCGGGAAAUGAAACGUGGUUCAAUUGUACGGAUGAUGGUGCUCAAAAUGUUGCCCUCUUGGCGUACUCUGCAGUUACGGGCGUAUCUGAAAAGUCAACCCCUGUAUCGGCCGACACCCCUGUCCGACAAUCUGUUGUUUAUGGACUUGGAUUUGUCGUCUUAUGUCAAUAUCUAUAAGACUAUCAUUGAGUCAAACGCCGUGAAUAUUACGGCCGCCGAAGAGCGAGAGCUGAUCCAAUUGGCCAAAGAGGAGAACGAAUUGAAUGAAAAAGUAUAUUUAAAUAUCCGCAUUGAAUCGCCGGUACUGUUUAGUCCACCAGCCCUUACGAUAUGUACGUAUGCCAUGUAUUUGCAUAAUAUACUCAUACGACCCGAUGUGAGGGAACAGUACAUAAACCCUAAAACACAGAAAUUUAAUUGGAGUCAAUUCAAGACACAAUCGGUUGGCAAACGGUUAGCGGCACUCAAACCACUCGAUUCCCUUAUAUGGUAACCGGAUGUGGUGUACGAGAUAUCACUGAAGAUGUCGUGGGAGGAGUACGUGGUAUUCAUCGGCUCACUUCUGGGCCUAUGGUUUGGAUUUUCAUUCAUUAUGUUUACAAACCUAUUGUCACAAUUGGUUACGAAAUUGAAGGUUGCCAUAGUCUAG